AACGGCCCACCUGCCCAAUCUAACGGUCCAAACGCACUUGAUCUAAAAAAUAAAUAAAAAGAAAAAAAAUUACAAUCCCCCGCCUUAUGCCUCUCCAUUUUCCGUUGCGUCCCACCAUCGCGCCGCCGCGUUCUCCACCUUGCUCAGCACCGCACCCUUUCUUUGCCGAUCUUCUACCCCCGUUGGUAUAAGGUUGUUGGAAAUUGGACUAAUACAAUGAGUUCAAGCAGUGGCGCCAUUGGUGAAACUUACUAUGAUGUACUGUCUUUAAGAGAAGAUGCUAGCUUUGACGAAAUUCGAGCCAGCUAUCGGUCGGCUCUCCUUAAUUUCCACCCUGAUAAAUUACAAGCCAUGUGCCGUAAAUCUCAUCCAGACGACAUCAAGGGAGAAAGAUACUUCAAGGUGCAGAAGGCUUGGGAAGUUCUCGGCAGCCCGAAGUCCCGUGCAUCUUAUGACAGAGAGCUCCAAGCGGCCAAAGGGGAUGCAAUUGGUGCAGAGAGCAUAAGCUUAGAGGAUAUGGUUGUGGAAGAUAAAGGUGAAGUUGUAGAACUUUUUUAUCAGUGCCGUUGUGGGGAUUGCUUCUUUAUUGACUCGGGGGAGUUGGAUGAAAUGGGAUAUCCAUUGUUGAGGAAUGGGAGUAAGGUUUCCUUAAGGACUCUGGAUGCUUUGCCUGCUUCUGUUGUUUUACCCUGUGGUUCUUGCUCUUUGAAGGUUCUUUUGGUAAUUGAUACGAAUUCAAGUGUAUCGAUUGACUGUUGAAUUUGAAUGAUCGAAAUCACAAUGAUUUUUCUUAA